GAUUUCCUGGAAGAGCCCGAGAGCUUUGCUUUUUCUUUCCCGCAGCACUUAACCGAAGCCAGUUUGCAAUCAAUUCCCGCUCAAAAGCCACCCUACUCUUCCUAUCCGUCUUUCUCCAGCCCAGACACUCAAAGCCCCCUGCCGGACCAGGGGACCUCGGAGAGGCAAGGACCAGAGGUUCAGGAUCUUCCUCUCCCUCGGGACCCGAGGCCACAAAGGAGAGCUCCGUGGGGAGAAGCACUUAACCGAAGCCAGUUUGCAAUCAAUUCCUGCUCAAAAGCCACCCUACUCUUCCUAUCCGUCUUUCUCCAGCCCAGACACUCAAAGCCCCUGCCGGACCAGGGGACCUUGGAGAGGCAAGGACCAGAGGUUCAGGAUCUUCCUCUCCCUCGGGACCCGAGGCCACAAAGGAGAGCUCCGUGGGGAGAAGAAAAUCAUUUGACUCCUGGGGACGCAGAUUGGCUGCCAGAGGCUGAUGGACAACCAGGCAGAGAAAGAAAGCGAGGCUGGUGUUGGUUUGCAAAGGGAUGAGGAUGACGAUCCUCUGUGUGAAGAUGUGGAGCUACAAGAUGGAGAUCUGUUCCCCGAAGAAAAAAUAUUUUUGAGAGAAUUUCGCAGAUUGAAAGAAGAUCUAAAAGGGAACAUUGACAAGCUCCGUGCCCUCGCAGACGAUAUUGACAGAACCCACAAGAAAUUCACCAAGGCUAACAUGGUGGCCAACUCUACUGCUGUCAUCUCUGGAGUGAUGAGCAUCCUGGGUUUAGCCCUUGCCCCAGCAACAGGAGGAGGAAGCCUGCUGCUCUCCACCGCUGGUCAAGGUUUGGCAACAGCAGCUGGGGUCGCCAGCUUCGUGAGUGAUAUGUUGGAACGCUCCAAAAAUAAAGAAGCCCAAGCACAGGCUGAAGACAUACUGCCCACCCAUGACCAAGAGGACGGGGAGGAUGAGGAAGAGAAGGCAGACUAUGUCACAGCUGCUGGAAAGAUUAUCUAUAAUGUUAGAAACACCAUGAAGUAUGCCAAGAAAAACAUCCGUGCAUUUCAGAAACUCAGAGCCAACCCACGCUUGGCCAAUGCUGCCAAGCGUUUUGUGACCACUGGCCAAGUCUCCUCCCGGAGCGGCGCGCAGGUGCAAAAGGCCUUUGCAGGAACAACACUGGCGAUGACCAAAAAUGCUCGCAUGCUGGGAGGUGCGAUGUCCGCCUUCUCCCUUGGCUGUGACUUGGCCGCUCUCUCAAAGGAAUGGAAGCACCUGAAGGAAGGAGCAAGGACAAAGUUUGCAGAAGAGUUGAGAGCCAAGGCCUCGGAGCUGGAGAGGAAACUCACAGAACUCACCCAGCUCUACAACAGCUUGCAGCAGAAAGUGAGGUCAAGGGCCAGAGGGGUGGGGAAGGAUUUAACUGGGACCUGUGAAACCGAGGCUUACUGGAAGGGGUUAAGGGAGCAUGUGUGGAUGUGGGUGUGGCUGUUUGUGUGUCUGUGUGUCUGUGUGUAUGUGCAGUUUACAUGAAUGUUCCUCAGGACAUGGCAUACAAUGGCCUUGGAGGUCCAAAUAAUAUCAAGUACAUCUUGGAGAUGAGGGUGCCUGUCCUGGACAGACCUGGGCAUGCCUUCUGUUUCUCCUUCAAUGCUCCUCAAGGCCUAUGUGCUGGGAAAAGGGUCUUCCCUGUUUGUUUGUUUGUUUGUUUGUUUUGAGACGGGGUCUCUGUUGCCCAGGCUGGAGUGCAGUGGCGUAAUCUCAGCUCACUGCAACCUCUGCCUCCUGAGUGCAAGCAAGUCUCCUGCCUCAGCCUCCCAGGUAGCUGGGAUUACAGGCACGUACCACCACACCCAGCUAAUUUUGGUACUUUUAGUAGAGACAGGGUUUCACCAUUUUGGCCAGGCUGGUCUCGAAUUCCUGACCUCAAGUGAUCCACCCACCUUGGCCUCCCAAAGUGCUGAGAUUACAGGCAUGAGCUACCCUGCCCAGCUAGGUCUUCCCAGUUUUAACAAAGAGGUCACUGAACCGCAGGGGGAGUUAGGAACUAAAUUGUCUCCUCCUCCAAAUUCAUAUGUUGAAGUCCUAAACCAAAAUGUGGCUGUAUUUAGAGAUGGACUCUUUGGGAGGUAAUUAGGGUUGAAUGAGGCCAUAGGGUGAGGUCCUAACCCGAUGGAAUUGACUUCCUUAUAAGAGGAGGAGGAAAUACAAGAGGGCCUCCCCACCCCUGCUGCACACCUGCACUGAAGGAAGGCUAUUUGCAGACGCAGCAAGAAGGCAGCCAUCUCCAAGGCAGAAGAAGAGAGCCCUCACCAGGAACGGAAUGAGUCAGUCAGUCUGGGACUUCCAGCCUCUAGAACUGUGAAACAAAUUUCUGUGGUGUAAGCAACUCAAUCUAUGGUAGUUUGUUACUAUUUUGUUAUAGCAACCAAAGAUGACUAAGCCAGGCAGGUUAUGUCACUCGCCAAGUGUCUUAGUCUGUUUGUGCCGCUAUAACAAAAUACCUUAGACUGGGUAAUUUACAAACAACAGAGAUGUAUCCAGAGAUCCACAGUUCUGGAGGCUGGGAAGUCUAAAAUCAAGGCACCAGCAGAUUCCACAUCUCGUGAAAUCUCACUCUCUGCUUCACAGAUGGCACUGUCUUGCUGUGUUCUCACAUGGCAGAAGGGGCAAACAAGCCCCCCUGGGCCUCUUUUAUAAAGGCACUAGUUCUAGGCCUAAAGGCAGGGCCCUCAUGACUCUAUCACCUACUGAAAGGCUCCAGUUCUUUAUACUAUUGGAGAGGUAGAAGGAACUUCCUUUCUAGACCUCGAAGGUUUAAGAAUUUGAAUCUAUAAAACAAGCUGACAAUAGACAGAUUAACAAGAGAAAAGGCAAAUACAUUUUUUAAUGUGGGCCAGAUGGCAGAAGCUUAAAUAGCACUCCAAGCUACAGGAAGUGAGGCCUCUGAUGGGGAGGUAGUGACACAGGCUGUGGGAGGGGGUAGGGGGAGGAAGUGUGUGGUGAGCAAAGUUUGCCUUAUUACACUGAUAAAGUGUAAUUACACUAAUAAAGGUGGAUCACCUGAGGUUAGGAGUUUGAGAACAGCCUGGCCAACAUGGCAAAACCCUGUCUCUACUAUAAAUACAAAAAUUAGCCGGGUGUAGUGGCAGGGCACUUGUAAUCCCAUCUACUCGGGAGGCUGAGGCAGAAGAAUUGCAUGAACCCAGGCUGUAAAGGUUGCAGUGAGCCAAGGUCGUGCCACUGCACUCCAGUCUGGGUGACAGAAUGAGACUCCAUCUCAAAAAAAAAAAAAAAAAAAAAAAAUACAGUCAUGUAUCUCUUGGUGACAGGGAUGCAUUCUGAUAAAUGUGUCAUUAGGCAAUUGCAUUGUGGUGUGAUUAUCAGAGUGUGCUUAUACAAAACUUAGAUGGCAUAGCCUACUGCACACCUAGGCUAUAUGGGAGAGCCUGUUGCUCCCAGGCUACGCACCUGUACAGCAUGUGACUACUGAAUACUAUAGGCAAUUGCAGCACAAUGGGAAAUAUUUGUGUAUCUAAACAUAUGUUAACAGAGAAAAAGGAAAGUGAAAAUAUGGCAUAAAAGUUAAGAAUUGGCUCUCCUGUACAGGGCACUUACUAUGAAUGGAGCUUGCAGGGCUGAGAGUUGCUCCAGAUGAGUCAGUGAGUGGUGAGUGAAUGGGAAGGCCUAGGACAUUACUGUAUACUACUGUAGGCUUUAUAAACACAGCACACUUAGGGUACACAAAAUGCAUAUUAAAACAUUUUCUUCCUUCAGUAUAUUAGGCAAUAGGAAUUUUUCAAGUCCACUAUAAUCUUAUCAAACCAUGGUUGUAUAUGCAGUUGACCGAAACAUUGUUAUUGGACACAUAACUGUAGUUGAAAGAAUAAGCAAAAAGUCUAUCUAGGUGUGGUGUCUUGAGCAACUUUUAAUUAUUCUCCUGUCCUGCAAUAUGAGUUAAUCUUCUCUGAUUGAUGUAGAUUCCAGGAAGGGGUGUCCAGGACAAUUGCCUUCCUUCUGGAGAAACUUCCCUUAAUCAAAUAAGAGAACUUCAAAGAAAAUCCCUCCCUGUGCUUUGGAAGGGAAGGGAAGUGGGCAGCAGUGGGUCAGAGAGAGACCUUUGUUCUCUUAUUUCUGAGGCCCUUCAGUCUCUUUUAUUCAAAGCACUCAACAUGCCAAAGCACCCUAUUUUAGGGUAUCUUUUUCUGAGCCCUAAACACUGUCACAUUGGGGAUGUCAACUGUGAAAGGAAAAUAUCUUGGGGACCAAGAAUCACUAAGGAAAACUCAAGCUUAGAGAAACUUCUUAGGGCAAACCCACCUCCCACUCUAUUCAAAGUUAUCCCUCUGCUCACUGAGAUAGAUACAUAACUGAUUGCCUCCUUUGGGAAGGCUAAUCAGAAACUCAAAAGAAUGCAACCGUUUGUGUCUCACCUAUCUGUGACCUGGAAGCUCCCUCCCCACGGAACCAAUGUUCUUCUUACAUAUAUUGAUUAAUAUCUUAUGUCUCCCUAAAAUGUAUAAAACCAAGGUAUGCCCCGACCAUCUUGGCCACAUGUCGUCAGGACUUCCUGAGUCUGUGUCACAGGUGUGUCCUCAACCUUGGCAAAAUAGACUUUCUAAAUUAACUGAGACCUGUCUCGGAUUUUCUGGGUUCACAUUUUGGAAACCAUGAAUGGAUUCUGGAUGGAGAUGCCUCUGACCCUUGACAAAUCUAUCAGUGCUUGGUACCAGCAUGAGCUAACUUUAUGGCUCAAACCAAUAGGACAAUUUGCUGAGGUCUGAGAGGACUCCCUCCAGAAAAUCCCUGAUCUCUUAAAAUUUGGUAGAGAUCGGAAGUUUAUUUUGCUGUACAACACCUCUUUUUUUGGAGUUUUACUUGCUCCUAACAAGGAAGGCAAGUUUUCCUGCUUUCAUGAUGAUGGAAGGCAGGUGAUGUUUUUAUGGAGUUUCAGCUCUCUUCCAAUGCACUUAGAGCACUCAGAAAUUGUAUAAUUUGUGUGACCAUUGUUAGUUUUGCUUUACUGUUUUGUUGUUUGUUUCUGUCUUAGUCAAAUCUGAAGGGGAACCCUAAAUUACAGGGUCAAGGACUCUGAAGUGGUAGGAAAAUAGCCAGCUUAAAACAUUUUUUUUUAAAUUUUAAUUACUAUAGGGGCUUUAUUUACAUAACAAAACCACCUUUUUGCUAGCCAGACCAAACUGAAAGAGCAAUGGCUGUAAUUCUGAAAUAGCAACAAUUUUGUCCUAGCUGAGAUUUGGUAAUAAGAUUUUUAAGCACAUACAGGAAGAUACAUGGAUGUAAUAACCUUGAUUUUAAAAAAAUUAGCUUUUUCUUCCCUAAGCAAACCAAAACUUAAGCAGGUAGGCUUAUGGAAGUUAUAUUUUAUAAUCAAGAUUAAAUCUUAUAGUUUGUUUACAAAAUUUUGAAAAUCAAAUGUGAUUGGCUUCAUGCUGGUUUUAUUAGGGCUUCUUGUUUAGAAAGUUAAGUCACCUCUCUCAAAGAAUGAAGGUUUUUGCUUUUUGUGAAAUCCUUGAAUUAUCACUUGGAUUAAAUAAAUGACUUUACAAUGACCUGUAAUUUUAUUUUGUAAUAUCAAGUGUUUUAAACCUUUUGUAUUUGACAAGCUUUCCAAAAUCCAAUUAUAAAUUAUGUAUUUUUCUAACCUAAUUAAUCCUUUAAGAUAUUAGUUUCCCUAAAGUCCUAAAAUGACAUAAUUUGGCUUAUUUGGUAUAAAAAUUAUCCAGGAAGCAUUGUCAAAUGUGAAAUGGUGUUUGGUUUUCUUUGGGCUGUAUUUGUAUAAAUAUGUUCUUGGUAUAUGUUCCAAAAUUAUGUGAAACUCCUAUAAUUCUGAUAUAACUUAGUGUACAUUAUCAGUAAUAAUCAUCAUUGUUAUAUUAAAAUUAUUGUGUGCCACAGAGGUAACAAAUUUCCUUGUCAGUUUUGUCUUUUGACUAUGGCUGCCUUAAAACUUUUUUCUUCCAUGCACAAUUGUUGUUUUGGUCCUGUUUUUUAAAUAUAUUUUUGUUAUUAUUUUUGAGAUGGGGACUCACUCUGUUGCCCAGGCUGGAGUGCAGGGGCAUGAUCUUGGCUCACUGCAACUGCCACCUCCCAGGUUCAAGCGGUUCUCCUGCCUCAGCCUCCCGAAUAGCUGGGAUUACAGACAUGCACCACCAUGCCCAGCUAAUUUUUUUGUAUUUUUAGUAGAGAUGGGGUUUCACCAUGUUGGCCAGGCUGGUCUUGAACUCCUGACCUCAGGUGAUCAGCCCACCUCGGCCUCUCAAAGUGCUGGGAUUACAGAUGUGAGCCACACACCUGGCCUAUUUUGGUCCUCUUUAGAAGGUGGUUUUAUAAUCAGCUAUAAAACUCCAACAGGUGCUCUUACAUGCAGGUUUCUGAUAACUUUGGAGAUUGUGACAUCAGAAUAGAGGGAAAAGUUUCGGGACUCAUGGAGAGCUAAAAUGUUCAUGAGUAUCAAGCAGAACAGGAAUUAAUAGCAUAGACUGAACCAAUCUUUUUGACUUUUUGCUUAAAAUGUUUGCUGAUCCUUUGUUUUGUGUUUCAGUCUUAAAACUUUUCUUUUGAGCUAUUGACAGCUUUUAACAAUUUAGUAUACUCCUAUGACAAAAUUUGGAGCAUAUUUGUUUCUGUCUACCUGAUUUCUCCAGAAUUCAGAAACUAUUUGUAAGUAUUCUUAACUUACGGUGAUACAGUUAUUUGCAUAAGUGCAAUAAGAAUCUGUUCUAAUUUGUAACAGGACACGAUUGGAGAAAUUGGUUGUUUUUACUAAGGCUUUGACUGGAAUGGUGUGCUUUUCUUUAAGGAAUCAAACUUGACUUAUGGAACCAAUAAAGUCCUUGGAAAAACUGGCCCCAUAUUUUGUGUACACAGUUUCUGUACAGGAUUUCUGACCUGUAGUAAGUAAAGAAUGUCACUUUCUGACAGGCACAUAAGCCCCAGGUUUACCUCAGAACCUCAAGAGGAGAGGAAAUUCACCCAAUUCAUAAGUAUUUGAUGGCACAAAUCCAUGGUUGGGCAUGACUUUAAAAAAGUCUUAUCUGAGAUUCCUCUGUGGAACAAAGUUAAUUGGUUCCAGAGGUUCAAAGCCAGAGUUGCUGUCAGUUCAUUGGUAGAGAUGCCAUCACUUGGCAAGUGUUCUGAAAACAUCUUAUCUGAAUAACAGCAGUCCUGGAGAACAUCUAGGGAUCUAGCAAAGCGAGAGAUACAUGAAGGACAUAAAAACGUUUUUAGAAAUUCCUUGGAAACAGUUCUCCUUUCAGACAUGUAAGCAUGAGCCAGGAUGAAAAGUGAUUUCAUCCUGGUAUCUGCAACUUUCACAUUCAUUAGGUUUCAACAUAUAAACUUUCAGGGGACACAGACGUUCAGACUAUAGCACCAAGCUGUAGAAGCUACAUAGUGGAAGACCAGGGUCAGCAAACCCAAGAAGCCUGACUUCCAAGCUGUGCUUUUAACUGCCCCACCAUGUUGCUCCUAAAGCUUUGGAGUUUUCCUGUGAUUAGUGUUUUUGGUGAUGGUUUGGUUUUUUUCUUACAGGAACUCUUGCAAGAAGAAAGGACUAUGAGUUCAACUUUGGAGGGAGCCAUGGGGACUAAAUAAAAUUCUGAGGCCCCCUCAACCAUCUAAAUGGACUGACUUCCUUCUGGGCCAGGACACUUGAAAAUUAAACCUGAAAGACUGGUUCAGGCCAUGAUGGGAAGUGGGAGUCGAACAUGCCUCAUCAUACCCUCCAGCAUUAACAUCAACACAGACCUUAAGGCUGAUAAGAAGCAUUUACAAUCUAUUCUCUCUGAAGUUUAGUACCUGGAGGCUUCAUCUGCAUGAUAAAACUUUGGUCUCCACAACCUCUUAUAACCCAGGCAUUCCUUUCUAUUGAUAAUUACUCUUUCAACCAAUUGCCAAUCAGAAAAUUGUUAUAUCUACAUAUAAUCUAGAAGCCCCCACAUCAAGUUGUUUCGCCUUUCUGGACAGGACCAAUGCAUAUCUUAAAUGUAUUUGAUUGAUCUCUCAUGUCUCCCUAAAAUGUAUAAAACCACGCUGUUUCCCGACUACCUGGAGCACAUGUUCUCAGGGUCUCCUGAGGGCUGUGUCACAGGCCAUGGUCACAUAUUUGGCUCAGAAUAAAUCUCUUCAAAUACUUUA